AUGUCUGACGUUCAGAAGCCUGUCGAGGAGACCCCCGCGGCCGUCCCCGCUGAGACUCCCGCUGAGGCUGCGACCACCGAGGCUCCCAAGGAAACCACCGAGGACGCUCCUGCUGCUGCCACCGAGGAGGCUGCUGCCGCUGACAAGCCCGCUGAGACUGCUGAGACUACUGAGCCCGCGAAGGAGGAGGCCAAGGAGGAGGUCAAGCCCGCUACUGAAGGCUACCUCGGCUACAAGCGCUCCGGUACCCUCAAGGGCUUCCGCUUUACCAAGAAUUUCUUUUACUUCAACGAGGAGGCCACCGAGGCCAAGAACCUCUCCGUUUUCCAGCAGAACGAGAAGGCCGCCGCCAACCCCACCGUCGCCUGGGCCACUCAAACCGGCAAAGGUUUGCUGUUCGUCACUAAACGCGUCGAGGACAAGGGCAGUCCCGCUGAUAUCUUCAAUCUGGCUGAGGUCUCCGACAUCACCAAAGAGGGCACCAAGGAGUUCCUCUUCAAGGUCGGUGGCCAGAAGCGUACCUUCCAGGCCUCCAGCGCCGCUGAGCGUGACAGCUGGGUGGUUGCCCUCGAGGCCAAGGCCGCCGAGGCCAAGGCUGAGAAGGAGACUAUCACCUCGAGCGAGGGCUACAAGGCUGAGCUCGAGAAGCUGACCAAGCCUGCUGCCACUGCCGCUACCUCCAACAGUGAUAAGAGCGAGUCCGUCGGUAAGCGCAACAGCAGCUUGUUCGGCCGCCUGGGCAAGGGCAAGGAGGCCGCUGCUGAGACCAAGCCUGCUGAGCCCGCUGCUGAGCCUGCCGCUGAGGAGAUCAAGCCUGCUGAGCCUGUUGCUGAGGAGACCAAGCCUGCUGAGCCUGCCGCUGAGGAUACCAAGCCUGCUGAGGAGACCAAGCCUGCUGAGCCUGCUACCGAGUCUGCCGCCGCAACCGCCACCGAGACCGCCGAGACGGCCGAGGUCCCUGCCGACGCUGCGGAGAAGAAGGAGGAGAAGAAGGAAGACAAGGAGAAGAAGUCGUCCAAGCGCGCUUCUUUACUCUUCGGUUCUUUCUUCAACAAGGUCUCCUCGCCCUCCUCUCCUUCCCAGGAGAAGUCUCAGAAAGAGGCCACCGCUCCUGUUGAGGAGAAUGCUGUCGCCAGCACUGCUCCCCAGCUCGACAACCCGGUCGACGAAUCCGCCGUCGAGCCCAUUAAGCCCGAGAGCGUGACCGCUGCCGCUGAUAGUGAGGACGGCAAGAAGGCCGCCGCUGAGGCUCCUGCCGAGCCUAAGGACACCACCAAGGCUGCCAACCGCCGCGCCUCAGGUAUCUUCGGUGUCUUCGGUAGUAAGAAGGACAAGGAAACCUCCGACAACGAGGCCACCGAUGGCGAGAAGGAGGCCAAGAAGACCGAUGGCGACAAUGAGGCCAAGAAGUCCAACCCGCUUGGUAAACUGUGGCGCAAGUCUACCCACAAGGGCCCCAACCCCAACAAGAAGGCCGUCCCUGCUGAGACCGAGGUCAAGGCCGACAAGCCUGAGGAGGCCACCCAGGAGGCCACCCAGGAGACUUCCACUGAGCCCACCGCCAAGGAGACUGCUGCUGAGUCUGAUAAGCCCGCUCAGCCCGCCGCCGAGGAGGCCAAGAAUGUCAACGUUCCUGCCUCCACCCCUGUUCAGGCCGCCGCUUGA